AUGUUCUUCGCUCGCUCCGGUGUCAUCGCCGCGACCUUGCUCGUCCUCCAAUCGACUCUCUCAAUUGCAGCUCCCCUAUCGGACAAUGCUGUGCAUGGGCUCGAGAAGCGCAUCACUUGCCACACCAACGAGGUUGCCGUCAGUGAGUCUGGUUCUACCUCCCGAGAUCCCCUACUCUCCUCUCCGCUUCCGGCUCCUUUGCCUUGGAUGUCCCUCAUCUACUGGGCCCUAGAUCCGUUACUCCUUUUAACCUAUUGUACUAAUCGCUGGACCGUUGUUCACUUCCCUCUUCUCUACAGACAAUGUUUGCGUUUCUUGCGCUUCUCUUUACACGAACGCCUCGACCUGCUCUCGAUCCGUCCCGUUGACGUGCACGUACGGUGUGGUUAACUCUGCUCGCAAGUGAGUGUCACCUGUUCCGUCAUUUUGUAAAUAGUUUGAGAGGCCCUCUAUCUGAGUCUGACCCUCGGUUCGCUGCUUCAUCACCCAGGUGCGCGGCCGUAAACUGCACCGCCGAGCCCGGAACCUACCUCAGUGUCGAUGGUGCGUAUUUGUUGCCUUCCCCAGAUGUCUGAUUUCUUCAACUCCGGAUCUCCAGUGGACUGAUACGGAAUGUCACUUGCGGCUCCCCUCACAGGCAAGCAAUGCACGGACUGCGCCGACCCCAAUGCGUUGACCUGCACCAACACGACGACCCUUACCUGCGCCCAAGACUACACGCUCGUCGCCAAUGAAUGCGUUUACGGCACCCCUUACGGCCAGUUCACCGGUUAUGGCUUGGCCAAGCCCUACGUGGCCAAGCAACAGCCCUUCAGGGCCAUCACGGCUGAAGGCGGUGACCCGCAAAACUGCGCACGCGCCCAACCCAAGGCCCGCGGUAAGUCGUAUUCGAUUUUGCAUGCGCGAUUUCCGCCUCUACGUAUCCUUACGGAGAUUUUUCUCGGUCCCAGUCAUCUUCUUCAUUGGUAACUCUUUCAACCCCGCUACCUGCACCGGCCAGAACGGAGCUCUUGACCAGAACAUCUUGACGACGUCCGACCCGACCUCGGCGGUUUUGCUCAAGGGCAACUGCACCGAGCUCGCCAGGAGCCCCUUCGUUACGGCGCAGAGGGCCAGUCCCGCCUGCCAACAGGUCUUCAUCGGCCCCAACCAAAUCCUCUAA